AUGGCGAUUUUCAUGUCAUUUCGUAGAGUUCUUUCCUUGUUCCUUUUAGCAUUAUUCUCCACAUUUUCUGCAUCAGAACCAAACUAUGAUGGCUUUAGCAUUGAUUUUAUUCACAGGGACUCCUUAAUCUCUUCUCUGCAAAACUCAACAGCAAGUUACAGCAGCCUCAUAAAUAGAGCCUUACAGCGCUCCAAGAGGCGUGCUGAUUAUUUGGCAUCGGGUACUCCCACUGCCGACCUGAUAGCUUCCAGUGGAGAGUUUCUAGUGAAACUAUCCGUUGGUACACCGCCAGUUGAGGUAAGCGUCCUUCUCGAUACAACUAGUGUUCUUUCAUGGACGCAGUGUGCGCCAUGUGACCAUUGCUUCCCCCAGAAGCAGCCUCUCUUCACGACCAAGAAAUCCUCAACUUACAAAGUGGUGGCUGGUAAUUCCAAGCCCUGCAAGUUGCUUGGAGGGACGCCUUCGACUUCAGGAGACAACUCGUGCAGGUACUCCUUGUUUUAUCCGCAGAGGUACCACUCCCGUGGGGUCAUCUCCUCGGACACAUUCACCAUGAAAACCACCUCAGGUAUGCCAAUGUCUCUUCCAAACAUGGUUUUUGGGUGUGGUCACGAUAAUUAUGCCGAGUUCAAAGGGGAUACAUCUGGAGUAGUCGGGCUAGGGGUCGGACCGAGCUCCCUCGUCACCCAAAUGAACUCUGUGAUUGGUGGUAAGUUCUCUUAUUGCUUAGUCCCGAGCAAUGCCAAGCCCAGCAAAAUGCAUUUUGGCAGCAGAGCUGCAGUAACUGGUGCUGCAGUAGUCUCCACUGCUAUGCACGUUUUCAAGAAUUCUUAUGCUCUCAGCUUAAAAGGAAUAAGUGUUGGGAAUACGAGGCUGGCGGCAGCCACUCUCUCCAAUUCCUCCAACAUCUUAGGUUUCUUCAAUCAAAGAAUGAUCGUCGACACCGGAACCAUAGCCACACAUCUUCCUACGAAGCUCUACAACUCCUUAGAAGCAGCAAUGAGGAAACAAAUGAAAGUGGAUGUUGUUGCUGAUCCGGAGAGGUUGCUGCGGUUGUGUUACAAGACGGCAGACGGCGGAAUCCGAGGGCCUAUCGUUACGCUGCACUUUGUUGGUGCGAAUGUGAAGUUGUAUCCCAUAAACACAUUCCUUAAAGUUUCCAAGAAUGUUGAUUGCCUUGCUUUUGAGCCUGAUAAAAGGGUAGCCACUCUUGGUAAUUUGGCACAAAUCAAUUUCUUUGUGGGCUUCGACCUUGAGAGGAAGCUCGUCUCCUUCAAGCGAACUGAUUGCACCAACCAGUAGUAGAAAAGAGUGUAAAAUUUGUGAUUGUCUGCUUAUUGCAACUUGGUAUUUUAUGUUUUACUUUGUGAAUGUUGUUUGGUGCUUUAUAAUAAUGCCAUGUUAUGAUGUCGGUAAAGUAAUAGAAAAGAGUGUAAAAUUAAGUA